AUGCUGUCGGCCAUUCAGAUAAUAAAAACAAUUAUUCUGAUCACAACCGGAUCAUGUGGAAUCAUCCUAAACUCAUGGAUUGUAGCUGUGCAUCUCAGCCAUAGGAAGAAGGGAGUGAGCCUUGGGGACUGUGAUCAAAUUGUUCUAAUCAUGGGGGUCACCAACGUUCUUCUCCAGGGCUUAUUAACUUUCAGUGGGAUAAUUGAAAAUUUUGAGCUAUAUGAGCAUUUUACCAAGGAAUUCAUUUUUGUGAUUGACAUGUUCUUCUUAUUUCUAACGUUUCUCUGGAUUUGGCUCACUGCCUGGCUCGCUAUCUGCUACUGCUUGAGACUCGUCAACAUUUCACAUCGGUUCUUUAUUGGCUUAAAAAAGAGAAUCUCUUCUGGAAUUACUCAACUCCUGUUGGGAACAGCGGUGAUUUUAGGCAUUAUCAAUAUUCCAAUUUUUUGGACACUGAACAUCAAAGCAAAGCAAAAUACAACUUCCACCUUACCAGUUAAUUUCAUUAUCUCUGACUCAGACAUUAAAUACAUGUCCUUCACUGCUGCGUUUGGUUGCUGCCUGCCAACUCUUAUAACUUCUCUCUGUAUGGGACUCAGCUUAAUGUCCCUUUUGAAACAUGUCCAGAGGAUGAAGCAGAAUCACUCUCAGUCCUGGAGCGGCAAAAUGAAGACCCUUGCAAGAGCCUGCAUGACAAUAUUCCUCCUUAUGGCUCUGAACUUGUUUUUUUUCUUGACAAUUUUUCAUAUUAUUCUAUCAAAAUUCAAGAUUGACAGUAAUGGGAAUACUCUCAUCUUCUGUAUAAUCAUGGCAAGUCCCGUGGGCCAAGUUCUCAUUCUGUUGUUUGGAAACUCAAAGUUACGGUCUGAUUUGUUAAAGACUUGUUUCUGA